AUGCGUCCUUCUUCAAUUACCAAUGCCGUCGUUCUUGGCCUCCUUGGCUUGGCCCCCAUCGCUUCCGGCCUCUCAACGCCUGCUGGGUCGACAGACGUGGAGCGUCGAUACGUCGGUUCCCCUGCAGCCCUAGCUUCCAAGUUUGUACGCUCCAUCAUCACGGGCCUCGAAGCUCGCCACCACACCGAGGCCCAGAUCGCCGCAAAGGAGGCUGCUGCCGCCAAAAAGGGCGGAAAGAAGCACCAAGCCCGCGAGGCUGAUGUGAUUCCUCCGGACGACGAGUUUGGCUCAUGGGCUGACAAGCGCGCACCCCAUCAUACCGAGGCACAAAUUGCAGCCAAGGAGGCUGCCGCUGCCAAGAAGGGCGGCAAGAAGCAUCAAGCUCGCCAUCACACCGAGGCCCAGAUUGCGGCAAAGGAGGCCGCUGCUGCUAAGAAAGGUGGAAAGAAACACCAAGUCCGCGAGGCCGAUGUGGUUCCUCCAGAUGACGAGUUCGGUUCAUGGGCUGACAAGCGUGCACCUCAUCAUACCGAAGCUCAGAUCGCUGCGAAGGAGGCUGCUGCUGCUAAGAAGGGGGGAAAGAAGCAUCAGGCUCGCGAGGCUGAUGUGGUGCCUCCGGAUGAUGAGUUUGGGUCAUGGGCUGACAAGCGUGCACCCCAUCAUACUGAGGCGCAGAUUGCAGCCAAGGAGGCUGCUGCUGCUAAGAAGACCGGGGCCAAGAAGACCAAGGGCAAUUCUAACUGA